AUGGCGAGUACCUGUUUGCCGACCCCGAGAGCAAACUUUCCAAGUACGGUCCGAAAAGCUGGCGAUCAUCGCACACGCACGGUCUCGACGCAAACGGGAAACCUCUCCUGGAGCUACACUUCCGCGUGCAGUUCUACAUCGAGAGCCCGCUAAUGCUGAGAGAUGAAGUGUCCCGCCACAACUACUACCUGCAGCUCAAGUACAAUGCCAUCAACCGAGAACUGCCGAAAGAGUGCUCGGAGCAGUCUUUGCUACUGCUUGGUGGUCUCUCGCUACAAGCCGACCUCGGAGAUUGCCAGGAUGAGAAUGGUAGCACCAGUGGAAGUAGUAGCAGUACACCAAGCGCUACCGGUAGUACAGGUACAGCUGCUGGUGGGAGCAAUAGCAGCAGCAGCACAAAUAGCACCAUCAGCAAUAAUAACAGCACAAGCAACAACAACAAUAACAACACUGGCAAUAAUGAUUAUUUCCGACCGGAAGAAUACAUCAACCCAACACUCCGCUCAGCAUGGGGCAUCACAGCUCUCACUUCUUGCCAUCGGGAAAACCGGGGAAUGUCACGGGCAGACGCCGAAACACACUACAUCCGAGAGGCGUGUCACCUGAAUGAAGUCAUCAAUGCUCACGUGUUCCGUAUGAAACUGUCGAAAAAUGAGGUGGGAAUGGGUUCGGUAUCUCUCAGCAUUUACGCAAAAGGAAUUCGAAUUGCUGUCGAUAACUCGACGACGACCACCUUCAACUGGCCCGGUAUUGGAAAGCUGAGUUUCGAUCGGAAAAAGUUUGAAAUUCGAUGCGGAGACAACAAGAUUACGCUAUACUCGGUGAACGACGACAAAAACAAAAUGAUAUUAGCUUUGUGUCGGGAAACGCAUCAAUUUUCUAUGAAAAUUGCUCCUCGGCUAACUGAAGCGAUCAAAAGGGAAGAGGAGGAAAGCAGUUGCAUUCACGGUUACCCGUAUCUUUACUCUCGCGCACUGAACCUCCCGUACAAAAGCAAAAGUGAUCAGCGAAUAUCGGUCAUUUCCAGUACAAGUUCGAACACCACCUCCGGCAUCGUGAGCGAUCGGGUUCAUUCGGAGGAUGAGCUUGAAAUUAUAAUCAAUACACCACCUUCGGCAACACUCGCGGCGCCAUCAACGGAAAGUCUCGCACUGGCACAUUUACUGGACUGCCCUAGCGUAAGUCGACAAACGUCAUCCGUCGGACAGGUAUCGCUGAAGGAUCUCGAAGGUACGUUAGCAGCUCUUUCGGUACGAUCGAACCAGACUGUGCAUUCGAUAAGCAGCGAUAGUACGGAAGCGAAAGAAAGAUAUGGAAAGGAUUGCGAAUCAUCUCCCACAUCCCAACACAACAUUGGCUCACAGUGUUCAUCGACAUGCAGUACUGUAGUCGUGGCGAAUGACUGCAUCAGCUUACCUCAGUCUAAUGCAAAUGGAUCGAUUGAACGACGUCAAACUUCGACCUGCAGCAGCCUAGAGCUGGGGUACAGUCACACUGCUCAGAAUAGCACCCUGAGUGUUGCAACUAGCACUUGCUUGGAUCACGAUAUCAACGAGGAGGAAGAGGAAACUAAUUCAGGUGUUUACACACUAGCCCAUGUGCCGCCAACAGAAACUAGUGGAGUGUACACGAUGAACAGCAGUGAAAUGACGGGUCAAUCUUCCGAAAUUGCCGAGUCCGAAUCACACGAGAGUUCCCAUUACGGAAGUUUCCAACCCUGUCAGAGUGAGAUUGCAGAACCACUAGAACCGGUUGACUCUGUCGAUGGUGACUUUAGACCUCGUCUUGACAGUAACAUGAACGAGUUCCGUUUGCGUUCAGACUCCACCGUUUCUGCAGCAGGAUCAUUCCGAGGCGAUGGUAGUGACCCAACCGAUAAUAAACACUCACUGCUAAGUGCAGAAGAAUUGACCGAUUUGAUCGUUGGUCGGGGAACUUAUCCCACGAGGAAAACGGUUAGUCACACGCUUGAUUCAGAUUGUGACUAUGUUACACUACCAUUGCCUCUAGAGGGGGAAAGCUAUCUCCAGGGUAGCGAAGAUACUGCCCCAACAGAAGACGAGUACGAUGACGACGUUCUACCUCCAGCUCCUCCCAAACGAAUUGAUAGCAACCUGCCAACUCAACGGCAAUCGCUGAUAAGUCUUGCUUGUUCGGACGAUUCUCCUCCACCUCCUCCUCCGCCCUACAAUGCUCAUCACGAAACUACGGGACUUCGUGGACCAGACAUUCGAGCUGAUGAAGCACCCGUCAUUCCACUGCGAGAUCCACCUCCAUACCCACAAAAGCCGACCAACAUGAUACGGGAACGAUCCGUUCCAGUUUCCAUCAUGUCAACACCCAGCACAUCGAGUGUACAGGCAACGUCGAUUCCGGAGGAAGUUCCAGCACGCUUUAUUACCACCAGACCUCAUAUCAACAUCCUCAAAGCACAUACCAGCGUGGUUGGGGAGACUCCAAAGCCUAGCUAUGCCGCACCCACUGUCAACAACAUCAGCAAUCUUUCGCAGUCGCCAAUCCCUAGCGCCGUUACGGUAGCUUCGACAACGGCUAGCGCAAUUGGCAUCCCAGUGGUUCCGUAUCAUAAAAGCAUUACCUCGCCUCCACCACCAUAUCCGGAAAUGCCGAAACCUCCGCAUCGAACCUGUGUUUUACUUCCCGUCAUCAAACCACGACAAUAUCACCCGCCACCACCACCAACGAUACCACGUCAACCGCCACCGCCACCACCCACACAUGCACUAGCCACAGUCUACACCGGUCAACUGGCAAGAUCCCAGAUUGAACUCUACCAGCAGCAACUCUACAGUGACGUAGACUAUGUAAUCUAUCCAAUCCAAGAUCCUUCAAUUAGUCAACAGGAGUACCUGGAUGCAAAGCAAGGCUCAAUUUUGGCUGCUAUGGCACAUAGUCCACCACCUUCUGCGUAUCUAGCCUAUCAUACCGUACGAGCACACAACCGAAGCUGGGAUGCUUGCAAAAAUCACGCCAUCUACCGAAGCACACCUUACCUAUCGAUGGCUCUAUCAUCGAACUCUCGCUACGCAUCCACUCAGAAUCUUUCGGACACCUACGUCCAAUUACCGGGAGCUUACUCACCUCUGUACAGCCCAUCCGUAGCAAGCCUGUGCUCGUCGUAUGAGCCUCCACCACCACCUCCUCUUCGACCAAGGCCCAUCUCCAGCAGUUCAUCAUCGAUGUUUGUGCGGUCCCGUUCCGACGACAACAUUCUGAACUCGGUGGAAAGCACACCUAAAAUACGUCGACUUCCACCUCCUCCGCCACCACCUUACGAAACAAGAAAAGCCAUUCGGAAACCACCAAUUCCUCUCCCGAUGCCAGAAAAACAAACACCCCCAGCGGCUGUUAAAGUGGUAACGUCCGUAGAGAAACCUCCCGAGGUUCCUGCGAAACCUUCGCCUACAAAACAGCCUGGUCCUAGUGCCAAACUGCAGGCACAGAUUAAGAAACAAUACCCCGACUUUGACUUCAGCACGCUGAGCGCAAACACUUCCAUCGAUAUCAAAACGUUGCGGGAAAAAAGCAAAAACCUCGAUCUUCCCCUCAUUUCGGCUCUAAUGCACGAUCGAUCCCUGCUGAAACAAACCCGUGCCUUUGUCAUGCCAAAACAUCCCGGUAGUAAAACGGCAACGUCAAUCCCCACCAGCAAUAGUACCACAACCUCCAGCCCGGUCCAGUCGAACGUGCCGACCCCGCACAAGUCCAAAUAUCCGGUGUCCGGUCUCAGCACAACGCAGCUCGCAAAACCACGCAAAUCGUCGAUCGUCAGCCAUCGGCACCCGAACGACAAACUGCCCCCACUGCCGGGUCAAACCGCAACCGAAGGCAAUAACUACGUGAUGGAUCCGACGCCGGCAAAACAGAAGAGCUACAGCUCCUCGCAACCCAGUGCCUGAAUGAUCAGAACCCCAGAUCGCUGACAGACAGACACGCCCGAUGAUGGGAACAAUCAUGGAAAACGAUAGACUUUUACGUUUUGGAAACAUUUUGUGUCAUGCUAAAGCUAAGCUAAAUAGGUUUUUGUCGUCUUAGUUGCAUUUUUAUAAAAUGGACCAUUAGAUUAUUUGUUUUGUGUUUAGUAAGUAAAUGGCAGCAGCGACGAAAGUCACAAGGAAGAUCCUGGAACAAAGCCCACAAUAUGACCCCACCGAUCGGACACUUUUUUUUCUCUGUCGCAUUCUUUUUUAGUAAUCAAGAAGAUGCCAAACCUCUACGAAAGCGAAGCACACAAACUCCAACAACGUUCCAAGCUUUCUUGUGGCUUUCACUAACUAAAAUGCCUACGGUCAUAACAAAGUGGAAGAUAAUAGCAGAUUUGGAAGGGAAACGAAAAACACACAAACAAAAAAUAAACACAUUGUAGGAUAGUUAAAUGGAAUAUCUUUCAAUAGUGAAAAUCACUCAGGAUUUUUUUAUUAGAAAGCUCGU